UUUUGCGUUUCCUCCCAAAAAAACAUUUCACCUUCUUCUCUCUUAGACUUCGAAUCUCUCAUAUUCUCGAGAGCGUUGCGUCGUUGAAUCCGAUGGAUCGAACUCGGAUAGUUCUGUUAGGGCUUCCGAUCUUUUUGCUUUUCACUGAUAUUGUGAACCUUUUCACUCCUCCGCCUCCGAAACCUGCUGCGAAUCAUCCUCCACCUCGGGUUCACUACCAGCCUAAAUCUCAAUCGGUCAUCCAGGAACCGCUUGAAUUUCCUACCGAGAAACGGAGCGUAAUCGGAGGAAUUGGCCAGGGCAGCGUUAUUAAUAUCAACUUCUGUGUUUCUUGUUCGUACAGAGGCACUGCAAUAAACAUGAAAAAUAUGCUGGAGUCGUCAUUUCCUGGAGUUGAAGUUAUUUUGGCAAAUUAUCCGCCACCAUUCCCAAAGCGCCUUCUUAGUAAAGUAGUUCCCGUGGUUCAAUUUGGAAUUAUUGGAAUAAUAGUGGCAGGGGAACAUAUUUUUCCUAGGCUCGGGAUGGUUCCUCCACCUUGGUACUAUUCCUUGCGUGCAAAUAGGUUUGGAAGCAUUGCAAGCACUUGGCUGUUUGGAAAUUUUGUCCAGUCGUUCUUACAAAGUUCCGGAGCCUUUGAAGUAUAUUGCAACGGUGAAAUGGUAAGAUUCUUUUGUAAGUUCUCUCUAUUUUAUUAUUUUUUUCUUGGUAAGAUAUCUGUACUGACUAUCCAUUUUCUAAAGGUCUUUUCUAAGUUGAAGGAGCAAAGGUUUCCUGGUGAGAUUGAGUUGAGAGAUCUUAUUGGAAGGAAACUUUCCGGGUCAAGAUUUGUUGACAAUUCUGGAGGAGUUUGGUCAUAGGUAUGUGAUUUCUUGUGAUCAUUGCCAUCAAAUUAGCAACUGGUGAAGUCUAGUAGUAUAGAUAAAUCUAAUUCAAGUUCAUAAUAGCCAAGGGAGGAGGAGCUUGUCUUUGAGAGAUUUUCAAUUUUAAUGUGCCUAUUUAGUUAUAUGCCAAACGUACUCCCUACUACCUUUUCCUUACGAAAUCAAAACCUUUAAAAUUUCAACUUCA